CUGGAUGUUCUUUUCAUCAAACACAACAACACUACCAGAAGAACCACAAGAUUCGUACAAGAGUCUCUUGUCACAGUCCAGAUUAUCGCGCCAGCUCUGCCCUACAUAGCCAAAUACCAGCCAUUCAGCAACAACGUCUUGCAAGCUCUCCUUACACCAGGCUUCUGAAUAGGUACGUACCUUGUUCACCUUAGUCUGACGCAGUGCACCGACCGACCGCGGUGACUCGAGAGCGAGCCGGGCUCCAUUUCUCAUGACCGCAACUCUUUACCGCUCCCAUAGGGCAGCAGUACCUGGUUCUCGCUCUCGUUCUCUUCACAGAGAUCGCGUCGCAAAUUUUAUCUCAUUCUCAAGAUCAAAAUCGCUGACCAAAGGUUCCCAUUUUCAGACUUGCUCGUUCGGAAGCGCAUACAAUCAAGACCGAAACUCGGUAAACAUGGCUACAAUGGCAGCGGCUGCUCGUGAUAUCUCCCAGGCCUCCUUGAGCCGAGACAACUUAACUGCUGUAGCGGCUCGGAGUGUCCCUGCGACUGUGACACGACCUCAACAACCCCUUCCUACUCCCCCCAACUCCAUCUCUCCCAACCUGCCGCCCCAUGGCCUCAAGGCGCAGCUCCAAAAGGCCAAGCUUGAGCCUAUUGACUCAGACCUGGACCUUCACGAGCCGUCGGAUCGACGACGUUCGAUCUCGCCUGGCCUCGAGGCUUCGGGUGCUAUCACUGGCUCUCUCCUUGCCAAAUACCACCUGCCAGAGAUCCUGCUCAACCAUGGUCCCUUGGCUAUCAGACACAUCAUGGGGUACCUGACCACUUCGGUACCCGGAUUCUCUGGAAUCCCCCCAACAAAGGCGCGGAGACUAGUCGUGGGAGCUUUGGAGGGACGAGGAGGAGAAGGAGGCGGACUGGAUGGAGAGGUGGAAUUUGAAAAGGUGGGAUGGGGCCGAUGGGAUGCUCGUAAGCGAGGACAGCCUUCUCGACACCGACAAGGAACUCCUCCUUCAUCCUACGGCGCGGGCAUCCCCAUCGGUAACAACGGCGGUAGGGGUCAGGACCGGCCCAGACUCAGCAUUGCGUCAAGCAACGGGGAUUCGGUGCAGUAUUCUCAUGAUGAUAACGACAUUUACAUGAUGGAGCAUGAGGCCGACAAGAUGUCCAUGGAUGGAUCUGGAUCCGCUUCGUGCUCCGAGGCUCCGGAUGAUGAUGUUGUUAUGAACGAUGAUCCUGAGGAUGCGACGGAUGACGAGGAUUGGGCUACCAUGGGGGCUGCUGCUCUUCGAGCCGAGUCUUACCCUAACCAGGCGGCAGCUCAGACAGACCAUGGCUUCCGAUCCUCUUCUGCAUAUGCACCAGGUGGACUUCGUUCGUUCUCUGCCAGCUCCGGCAUGGCUCGCCCACCUCAAACACUCAACAUCGACUUCUCGGCGUUGGCGGGCACCUCUGACGCACAGGAGCGGGAGGCCGUCGAGGCGCUCCUGCAGCUCGGUUCUGUAUAAUACCUCUCUGCAUGCACGGCGUUUUUUGGGCUUUCGAGAUUUCUGAAGGCGAUCGAUUCGGGGCAGGGGCUGGUUGGCUUAAGGAGAGGCCGUGUCGGCCCACACCAAUGACCGAGGCGGCG